CAUGGCGUGCAGCCGGGUGCUGGAGAGGGAGGUCCAGGAGGAGCAGAAGAGCGCAACACAGGACUUUUGUCCCCACAAAUACUCUCUGCUGAUUAUAAUCGGACGGACGGCUCGCCACAGACAGACUGAGAACAUCCGGGCGGAGAUCGAAAAAGGUAUACGGUCAUGGGACGUGGACUUAAAAUCCUGCAACCUGAAUCUGUUUCUACAGGAGUUCCUCUCCCAUCACACGGCAUCUUUUAAAGGUGCAGGGCAGAAGUGUCUUCGCCACUGUACCAAAGUGUUGGACACGCAGGUGCUGAUCAGUCCUUCUCAGGAACUGGCUUAUUCUGAGGUUUUCUCGCUGCUGUCCAGGGAUUCUGCUCAUAAGCUGCUGAUUUUGGCUGGCCUUAGCCUGGAGGAAAGUGGAGAGCUGCUCUUUCACAGAGGGCAGUUUUCUCCUGACCAUCUGAGACAAAUAAUAACAGAGCAGUUCCUAGAUCACAGGAGCUGUGUUUCCCUUACCAAAACCAAUCUAACCCUCAGUUGUCCUAACAUCGGACACUGGAGAAAGAUCCUCUUAGGAAACUCUUCCCUGCAGGGUCCCUUCACUCUGCAUAUCAACCCCCCUGAGGUACUGGCAGCCAUGGAAUCUCUGGGGGAUUUUACAUCACUCAUCUCUGGAACCAUUUGCCCUACCUCUCCGUUUGACCUGCUGUCACCUCCCACCACAGUGGGCUUCCUCAAGCUGUCCCGCCCUUGCUGCUAUGUGUUCCCUGCCGGGCGCGGUGACUGCGCCUUUUUUGCGGUUAAUGGGUUCACCGUGCUGGUAGAUGGAGGCUCAGACUCUCAGGCCUGUUUCUGGAAGCUGGUACGGCACCUGGACAGAGUUGAUGCAGUUUUGUUGACUCACAUAGGGACAGAGAACCUUCCUGGUGCCGUCUCAUUCCUGGAAAGGAAGGUGGCUGAGAAGGAGCUAAGCAAUGAUGUCAAAGAUGACUUGUCGAAGAGGCUGAUCUCUCCAGAGCUAGGAGUGGUUUUCUUUAAUGCCCCCAACAAGUUGCAGGCAGAACAACAUUCUCUUACAGACAAUAUACUGAAGAGCACACAGCAGGCAGCUAUAACCUUAGAGCUCUUGAAGAAGUUAGAAAUCAGGCCACAACCAAUGUUUCGACCACAAGGCACUCCCAUAAAGCCACUCACCUUGUUUCAAAAGAUGGGAGUGGGACAGCUGGAUUUAUACAUCCUCAGCCCUGGCAAGAACAGCCAGGAGUAUGAAAUCUUCUUGCAAAACUGGCCCAAUGGAGACCCGUCAUUGUCACAAAGUCUCCCUCUCACUGCACAGGUUUCUGUUUCUGCCCUGCUCGUGUGGCAUCCAGCAUGCCCCCAAGAGAAGGUGGUUAGAGUGCUGUUCCCUGGCGCAACUCCACAAGCUAAACUGUUGCAGGGGCUGGAAAAGCUCAAGGGAUUGGACUUUCUUCAGAGGCCAACAGUAACCACCGGAGACCUUGAAAGACAGGGUGAGGACAUGAAAGCUAAAAGAAUGGAGAGCCUGGACAGUGGCCGCACAUUAGGGAAAGAUGUAGCAUCCAAGCGGGGGAAAGAAAGAGAAACUAGAGAGGAGGGAAAGGAUGUAUUAGUGAAAGAAAAGGUAAAGACAUCAAGUGGAACCAAAGAUACUGAUAAAACUAAAAUCAAGGAGGUGGGUCUAAAACGUAAGCCCUCACUUUCAGAGAAGAAUACUUUAAAGAAAGGAUCAGCAAAGGAUGGAAAAAAAGAAGAGAAGGCUGGUAAUAAAGAGGAGAAUAAUGUUAAAAGGACUGAGCAGAUUAAAAGAGAUGGGGUCCUCUUAAAACCCAAGCGGGACAAUAAAGCUAAACCCAAAAAGGAUACAAGAAACGACAAAACAGGAGAAAAGAAAACACAAAAGUCAUCAGAAAGCGAUGACAAGAAAGGACAUACAAAUAACUCAUCAGAACAAAAACGAGGUUCUUUGUCAAAAAUCACAGAGCCAGAGCCCCUUUGUUUAGACAAACAGAAUAACAAGAGAGAGACAGAAGCUAAGGAGAAGCAAUACGACUCCAAGGUGUCUACCCCUGAGGAUAUGACAGCUGAUUUUCUUAGGCUGCAGAAGGAAAGCGAACUGGAAAAAGCUGAGAGUGAAACACUUACCUAUGGUGAUUUAGAAUGUGAAAAGAUCCUUGGAGGCGUUAGUGAAGAUGAAUACAAUGUAAAGCCUGGAAGGUUAACUGAGGAAGCAGUAGGUGGGUUGGAAAUAGUGAAAGUAGAGAUUGGUGACAGUUUAGUGCAAACUAUCCCCGGGAAGAGUGAAAAAACAGAAGCAGACCUCCUACAAAACUGUCCAGAACAGCUGUUUAAAUCUAGUAAACCUGCAAAAGUUGUGGGAUUUCCAUCACCUUUGAACAAGUCAUACAAGAGUGAGCAAACGGACCAGCUGGACACAACCCCAACUGAGUACACGCUCCUGGAUGGGGCUUUGAGACACUCUCCUCCCUCUCACACCUCUCCAGAAAACCAAGCCCCCAACAGUCCUGAUGAGGAGACUGUAGAACCAGUUUCCCCUGACUCACGUCCUAACAGCGCGGGCCACACUCCCUACUGCCUGUCCCCGGACGACAUGUGGUGCAACAGGGCCACACUCAGCAGGCUUCAGGCUCUCCAUUCAGCUGAUGCUUGCGAGCCAAAUGGAUACUCUGGAAAAAGUGAGGAGGUUUGCAAGACCAAAAGUACUGCUGAAAAUCCUAAAGAGAAGCAUCUUAAUUUUCUUUCUUUCGGUACAUGUAGGGAGGGUUCUUCAGAUCCAUCCCCCUCUUUAACCACAACCACCACCACGCACUCUUUACCAGCAGAGGUGGGCUCACCUCAGUCCACAGAAGUAGAUGAAUCAUUAUCCAUGUCCUUUGAGCAGGGACCAACAAUUGGGAGCCAUAGAGAAGGGGAUGAUGGAGUUUAUCUCUCCCAAUCCAAUGGAGGGUAUUGUGUAGGAAAGUCUUUACCAGCGAAGAAGCCUCCGAGAUCUGUGGGUCAGAGUUCAGAGAUGGGGAGACCGACUGCACCCAACACUCUCCAUUUUGAGGCAUCCGCUCACGACGUGGACCUCUGUUUGGUUUCUCCUUGUGAGUUUAAGCAUUUCAAACCCCCUGACUCAAGCUCGGGUACCAGUGAGGCCUCCAAAGAAGUGAGUGGUCCAAAUCAUCAAGGCAACAACAAUAACGUCCCAAAGGACAGGUCACCCAGUGAGUCAAAUGCCCCUGUCUGCACAGAAGACUGCCCGUCCACCACAGCAGAUGGAGCUUUAGAUUCUGAUUCUGAUGAUUCAUGUAGCGACCCCUCUAACUCACCAUGUAACAACGACAUGAGUCAGACUCUGCCCCCAGACCCCCUGCCAGCCCCUCUCAGAGACAGUCCACCCCUGCCUCCUCUUCCCGACACCUCAAUGCCAGUUCCUCAGUCUAACUCUGAAGCUCAUGGGAAGAGAGCAAAAUCCUCUUCAUUCCGUGGGAAAAAAUUACAGGGGAUCAUUGAUACUCCCCAAAAAUCAGGCUCAGGAAAAAAUAAAACAGGCAGCCAAAGUGGAACCAUGAGGGUGAAUCUCCCCUCAACUCGAACACUUUCCUCCAACAGUCGUUCUGCACCAGCAAAAGCAUCACCAGCUCCUGGCUCCAAGGCUCCCUCUGCUGGUGAAGUCAGUAUUUAUGUGGACCUAACUUAUAUUCCAUCUGGAGCCUCCUCUGCCACAGUCACUGAGGACUUCUUCAGGUGCAUACGCUCUUCCUGCUACAUCAUCAGUGGCAAUAGUCUGGAGCGGGAGAAGCUAAUGAGACAAACUCUGGAUGCUCUGCUUGAGGGCAAGGCAUCUUGGCCAGAAAUCAUGCAGGUGACAGUGAUACCCACCUUUGAAUCUGUGUCAAUGCAGGAGUGGUACCAACAAACUCUGGACAGGCAACGGGAGCUGAACAUCACUGUUCUGGGAUCUAACAGCACGGUGGCCAUGCAGGACGAGACUUUUCCUGCCUGUAAAAUUGAAUUCUGAGGUUGAUAACUGAUAAAACUUGAUGGAUAAAGAUAUGUCUGUUACGGUGAAAUUUGAGGACUGGGUAAUAGAAAGAAACAGAAAUAGAAGUCAUGGGGAUAAGUUCACACCAACUCUUUGCAUGUCAGUGGGAAGUAGCCACUUUAUGGGCUUCUUAUUGCAGCUAAACUAAAAAAAAAAAGGGUUUGCAUGCUUUUUUUGCCCAAAAGACCCUGUUCAAAAGAAAGAGGAGAUGAAACAGACCCUGAAGGAUCUAUGACACUCCUUGAACACAGAGUCCUAUGAUAGUUGUUGCUGUAGAUCACUCAAAUUAGCUAACAGAGAUGUAAGGCUCUAAGAAAACUUGCAUUACAGUUAACAGCUUCUAAUACAACAUAACAUAAACAUCACCAAAUUUAGACAUUUAACAGUGUUUUUAACUGAAUGCAUUGUAUUAUAAGAAGAAAUGAACCAAACACUUUAUCUUCAAGGAGGUCAGAUGUAUAGUUUGUGUCCAGGUGUUUGUUGUGAGCGCUGUAAGCAGAUGUGAGGCUGUGCUGUGUGCUGUGGCUGCUUUUAAAGGUGUUGUGUCACUGUUGCCUUUUUAUUGAGAUCUGUAGAAGACAGACUCUGAUGAACACUUUCUUCGACUUCCAGUCAACCACCAGCGAUUGAUAAUACCUUAAUCUGAAGGAUCCAGUGAUUUUACUCAUUUAACAGCAUUACAACAAUUGUAAAAUUGAAACUUGAUCUGCAAUUGUAAUUCUGUAGAAGCUCUUUUAAUCAUGCAAACUAAGAACUGGGCUUUCGAAAGGUUUUAUAGAAAUAGAUUAAAACUUUGUUUUUUUUUUGCCAUAAAUUAUAUAAUUGAUAAAAUAAUUAUUUGUGUAAAUAUAAAAUAAUCUUACUUUAUCUUUUAGAAAAUAUAUUUUAUUUGAAGUUUAAAAUCAAACAUUUUUGAUGGUGAUAUUAGGAGCUUUAUAGGCUGUAAAUAAGUGCAGAUAUGGUAGAAUAAUCUUGCAAUUAGAACUGACGGUCCGGUUGUGAUCAAAUUGAAAAUUACAUUCAUAAUACUUUUAAUAUGCAGCUUCAUGGUUAACCAUUUAUACAUAUUUUUUUCUGUAAAACAGGUUUUUUUUUUUUUUUUUUUUACAAACGUCUACAUAGAUAAACUACACAACUGGGGCCAGCAUUUCUUAUUUAAGCCCAUGGAAGAUGAUAAAGGAAAUCCUAUCACUCAGUUCACAUUCAGUUGGCUGCCUGUUUAUGUAGCUCCGUUCAAUUUCUCCUCCAAUCAAGUUGGCUUGCAACACAAUGUGUAGUUCUGUAUCUUCAAAUUUUGUCCAAACUACAUUUAUCCUCAAUUUUGGUUGAAUAAAUAACCAGUUUUUGUCUGUUGAUAUUUAUUUCUUUCAAUUUUUAGCGUGGCACAUUACACUUUAACUACCCCAGAUUCAUUCCACAUCAAAAUCCUAAGGAUGUCAUUGUGUGAUAUGUUUGAUUUUUUUUCUCUAUGUAGCUUUUUAUCUUCAAGUUUGCACAAAUAUGCAUAUGACAUGAUGAAUUUUUUAAAUACCAAAGCAUUAAAAAUCACUGAGAUGGAUCAUUGUCAUAUGAAUAACAAAAUGCUGCCACCAAACACAUGAAUCGAUUACAUUGAUUACAUACAUUUUCUUUAAAGGAUCUGACCAGGUGUUUUGGACAAAUGCAAAUGCAAUGAAAAAAAAAGUCCUAAGAUUGUAAUCACUCAUAAGAAAACAUUUGUUUUGAUUUAUUUAUCUCUAUACCACAUUCAUGAAUGAAGAGAGAAAAGCACUGUGGAAGAGUGUAUAAUGGUUGAAUGAAUUUUAAAGAACUUUGUGAUCGUAACCAAAAAACAAUGUCAAAGUAAAUGGGUUGUAACAUAAGUAGGAAUGCAAGAAUAAAAAAAGACAUG